AUUUAUUUUUAUAUAAUUUGAAGUGAUGAGCAGAAUAAAUUACGCAUUAAUUAUAUUAAAUUAGCAAUUUGACUUUGAUCGCCUUUUUUGCUAACCAUCUUGUAUAUACCACGUGUGCACAAUAUAAUUUUGAAUUUUUAAGAUUGCUGUCAGUUUUUUUUAUUGUUGGCCUAAGUAUUUUGUUCUUCGGUAUGUUGUCUGCUUAAUCCCUUGUAUUACAGUAUACAGUCUUGAAAAAGGAUUCUUAUUUUAAAAAGCAAUGAUGAUUCAUAGUAAAAAGCUUAGUGGCGCAGAAAACCGAAAACGAACCCAUGCAAAAAAUGAAGCUCAAGCAAAAAUACUUUUAAAGACUGCUAAGUUAGAAACAUAUUUUAGCUUUACAGAUAAACAGCUUCACACAUCGCCGGUUGAAAAUGUAAAUAAUACAAGCGAUGAAAAUGAUCACAGCUUUAUUGUUAAUGAGAAUAACCUAUCAAAUCCAGACGAUUUAAUAUUAAUAUUAUCAAGUAAGAGCUGUACUGAAACUAGUAAAACUCUAUUGACUCCAGAAUCCAAAGAACUAAAUGAAACACCCUGUUUGUCCAUGCAUGAACAUAACAAGCCCGAAUGUUUAUUAAACCAAAAUGAUCACAGAUUCACUGUUAAUAAAGAUAAUCUAACAAAUCCAGACAAUCUUAUAUUACUAAAUAACAGCAGCACAGAAACGAGUAAAACUCUAUUGUCUACAGAAUCGGAAGAAAUAAAUGAUACACCACGUUUGCCAAUGGUUGAACAUAACAGUCUUCCUAAACAAAGUAUUGUUCCUGAAAAUGAUCCUGCCAAUUGGAUAAAAAAUCAAGAAACGAUAGAUUAUUUAUCAAUCAAUGGAUUUAACCAAAAUUUAGAGAACAAUAAUUUCCAAAAGUCAAAAAGAAUUUGCACUCAAAUAAUUGGUGGGGUAAGACCUACUCGUUUUCGAUAUAUGUCAAAAAGUAUAUUUAUAUCUACUCUUGUUAAUGGUGAAAAAAUUAACCGAACAUUUUUGAUUUACUCAGAAAGUAAAGGAUCAAUAUUUUGUGCUCCCUGCUAUUUAUUUGGUGGCACUACAUCGUUUGCCACAGUUGGUUUUUCAGAUUGGAAAAAAGGAGAAGAAAAAAUCAAGCGUCAUGAAAAUUCACAACACCACAAAUUGUGUGUAAUGAAUAUGAAAGAAAGAAAAGAAGUAUUAAAUCGAGUUGAUCAAAAGCUAAAGUAUUAA